AUAGAGGGCGCACUGUAUAAAUAAAGGAAUCAUUCAAUCCUCAAGAUGGCCGAGCAAGGCGACGACACAGGAACUGAAAAGAACUCUGCAACUUCUGAGGAAAUGUCUGACUCUCCCAUGUUGCUUUCACAGAGAUGGCAGCAGUGCAGCUCCAAGGCCGACUUAAACACCGCCCUCUAUCAGUUUUGGCGCGACAAUGUGCCCCGGGCGUACACCUCCAACGAGCUGAGCGUGCCGGAGGAGGACCUGAUGUGCCAGGAGAAGCUGCUUCAGCCCCUGGAGUGGUUCAUCUGCAACGGGGACCCCAGCUUGGUGUUUCAGCAACUCAAGAAGACGGACAAUCCGCCGCAGCUGUGCGGCCGGGUCUUCAAGAUGGGGGAACCCACCUAUUCCUGUCGGGAUUGUGCAAUGGACCCGACCUGCGUACUUUGCAUCGAGUGCUUUCAAAAGAGCAAACAUAAAACCCACCGAUACAGGAUGAACACGUCUGGAGGAGGAGGCUACUGCGACUGCGGUGACAUUGAGGCAUGGAAGAGCGAUCCCUAUUGCAGCAUCCACCAACGCAACCCGGAAAAGCCAGCACAGGACCCUUUGGAGCACCUACCCGUCGACAUGCAGUCCUACUCCUCAGCCCUGUUCUGCAUCAUUCUACACUACUGCUGCGAUAUGCUGCUCCAGGACGACCUCGAGGUGCCCGUGGAGGAUCUGCGGCCAAAGACAUUGGAAGAUACAUACUGUACAAUGCUGUUUAAUGACGAGAUUCACACCUAUGAGCAGGUGAUUGAGACUCUGAGGAAGGCAGUGAAUUGUACGCCAAAGGAAGCUGUUGAUUUUGCGACAAUUGUCGACAGGGAGGGGCGGAGCACAGUGCGCAAUGGGCUCUACAAGGAUUGUGAGCGCGCCCGGACUAUCAUCAAACGCAACACCGGCCUCCAUGAUGCCAAGUCACUGAAGGUUCAGGUGAUGCACUCCACCGUCGUGGCCCAUCAGACGUAUGCCCUCAAGCUUCUUAGUUGGCUGUCUGAAGUAGCCUCCUAUGCAGAUGGGUUGCGUCAGCUGCAAUGCCAGGAACUUAUGAAGCCCCUCCAUGCCUCGGAGUAUACCAUCCUAGAACAGAUCAUGCUCAAAGACACAAAACUCUGGAAGGUUGCAAGAAUACAGUGGCACAAGCUGUUCAUGAGUACCCUGCUAAUGGACAUGGAGUACAAGAAGAAGUUUGCCAUCAUGUUCACUAAGCACUACAGCCAGAUCCUGCAUGACUUUGCUGAGGAUGAUCACGAUCACGUGGUCUCCGUCACUUCGCUGUCUGUGCAGAUAUACACUGUUCCAACGGUGUCACGGAUGCUGAUUAUAGAACACAAUCUCUUGGCCGUCAUUCUAAAGACGUUUGUGGACUACACUCAGAAAUUCAGAGAAGGGCCAGCGGGUGGGAAGUUCCGUUUCCAACGAAUGAAUCUAAACGGACUUCGCCGAUUCCAGUUUGUGUUGAUCGAUCUCAGGUACAUUUUGUCCAACAAGCCGGAGGAAUGGACUCCAGCUGUGCGGGACCGUGUCAUGGACGGAAUAACAGUGCUGUUGGAUCUCUUGAGUGCGAUGCAUGGUAUGGAUCAAGUGGUGAGGCAGGUCGGCAAGCACAUCGAAAUUGAGCCAGAGUGGGAGACGGCUUUUAAUCUUCAGAUCAAACUGGGUCCCUGCCUGACUCUGCUGCUGGAUUGGUGUGUCUCGGAUCGCUCUCUGCUAUUAAGGACGUACCGUGCUACCAUGACUGCGCUUCGCAAAAUUGUCCACAACUGCCAAGAGAGGGAGGUUGAAGUGGCCGACCACAAAACAAAGUGCCUUGUCUACAACGUGUCCACUAAGCCGAUAACAGUUCACUGCACGCUGGUCCGCUUCUUAGCAGGUCUGCAACUUGAGCUAGGCAGGUACAACCUGAGCUAUCUGUCUGACGGCCUGCUACCCCCACAUCCUCUCUCCCCCUUGGAGCUGAUGGAGGAACCGUUACGGACCCAGGUCCUGAUGGCUCAGGUCAAUGCUGCAAUGUGGAGACGGAAUGGCUACUCACUUCUCAACCAGAUCUACUACUAUCAGAAUGUGGCCUGCCAGCGAGAAAUGUAUGAUAAAGACAUCAUCAUGUUACAGUCUUGUGCCUGUUUGAUGGACAGUAAUGACUUCAUGAUCCGCGCUCUAGACCGCUACAACCUGGUCAGAUUCCUGACUGUAGAAUUUGAGGGCAGCUCCACUCCCGAGGACAUCCAGCAGCGUACCCUAGGACUGGCCAUCUUGGAGGAAUUCUUGCAUCUACUGAUCGUGCUGGUCAGCGAGCGAUACAUCCCCGGUGUGGGCCAAGUGACCAGAGCUGACCGCGUCCGCAGAGAGGUCCUACACCAGCUGUACAUCAACUCAAUGUCGCACAGCGAAAUCGUCAAGGCCUUACCUAAGGACGUAAGGCGGAAUCAUUGUCAUGAAACUGGUGUGGAAGAAGUCAUCAAUUCCGUGGCCAAUUUUAAGAAGCCAACCGGAACGAACAGCAAAGGCCUAUAUGAGAUCAAGCCUGACUGCCUGGCCGAGUACUCGCCCUUCUUCUAUCAUUACUCACGGGUUGACCAGUCAAAGUCUGAAGAACAGCAACGCAAGCGAAUGAAACAAGACAAACCAGUGCAAGUGGCCUGUCCUCCCCUGCCCCCACUGCCGAGCCCCAAUUUCAAGAAUCUUCCUCAUCUAUUGGACAGUGAAGUCCUAGUCAGUGUUUUACACACCAUCGUCCGUCGCGCAGUGGAGCGCAUUCGUCAAAUCUACUCAGAACAAUCGCUGCAAAGGGCUUUGUUCUUAACCGGACUGGCUGUGCUUGAAGAAAAGCGGCACGCAAAGAUGGGCGAAGAAUUUCAUUUCCUUGAAAAAGCUGUGAAAGGUGAGCCAAGUUUGCUGAAUUUGCUGAAGAACCUGACGGGAAACUCCACCGUUGAACCACACAAGGAGCUUCUAGCCUGGGUCUUACAGAACAUUACAGAACUGCAGCUGAUGAGGGGCGACACUGCCACCGCCUCCUUAGCGCCAUCAUGCCCCGCCCCCAAGGGACAGGACCAGGAGUUGCUCAGACAGCAGCAGGCAGAACGCCAGCGGAGAUCGGAGCUAGCCAUGAAGAAGAGGGCCCACGCCAUGGACCAGAUGAGGGCCAUGCAGCGCAGCUUCAUCCGUCAGAACCCGGAGUUCUUUGAGCAGACUCUAGAGGGCGCCAGAGAGGAGCGGACGGCCUCCACCUCCAGCAUGGACACAGUUGAUAUGUUUCUGAAGUCUAGUUCGAUGGAGGAUGCAUUUGUAGCACUUGGUCCGUCACACAGUGAACCGCUAUUGGAUGAGACCAGCAAAGUGACCUGCAUAUUGUGCAUGGAGGAGUCUGAAAUCAGAGUAGAUGGUGAUUCGCUGGUGCUACCCAUGUUUGUGCAGAGGUCAACUGUAUUGGCUCAAGCUCGUAACAAAGACUUGGGAAAUCCGGAUGAGCUUGAUCCACUGUUUGUGUCGGCUCAGUUGACAUGGGGAGUGCAUGCCAAUACCUGUGGUCACAUCAUGCACGCUGACUGCUGGCAAGGGUAUUUUGAGUCGUUGGUCAUCAAGGAGCAGCGCAGGACUUUCCGGUUCCGUAACAACUUGAGCUAUGACCUGACCCGUCACCAGUACCUCUGCCCGCUGUGUAAGACCAUCGGCAACACCGUCAUACCCCUCAUCCCACCGCUGCAGGCUCUCCUGCCGGAGGAAGAAAGUGACACCUCAUGCAGCGCCUUCCAGGAAUGGCUCCACCUCAUUCAGGGAAUGGUACGCUCCGGGGUGAAGCCACCACAACAGUCCAGAUCAGAUCCCUUGGAUCUGUCCACGUCGGCAGAGGGGUCAACAGCUGAUAUGGAGGGACACAUAGGGUCAACAGUGAAGAUGGAAAAACUUGACAGCGAAGAUCUUGACAGGCAAAUUUUCACCAGCACGGGACUCCUUGAGACACUAGGAGACGCAGCUUCCCAGACCAUGGAAACGCUGGAAACACUGGGAGAUGCCGCCAAAACGCUGGGGGAUGCCGCCACGCAGAAGUUCCAGAAAUUCUGUGCCCUGCUGCAAGGCUCCAAUUUUCCCUUUUCCAAGAGUGUUCAGGAGAUGAUCCGUAUGUUUUCCAAGACAGCGUACACUGUUGGCCUCGGCGUCAUGCCAGACGAUGAAAACGAAAGAGUCUCCAUUCUGGGCUGGAAUGUCUGCGCCUACUCAAUACAAUCAACAGAGGUGUUACUGAGAAGCAAAGGCAAGCCACUAUUUGGAGAGAUGGCAUCUAGACAGACCGAGGGACUGAAAGCAUUAGUGCGCUUUGCCAUGGUGAACACCUUUUACUGUGAUCAGAACCACAUCCAGAAGCAUGUCGUCCGACUGCUGUCAGUAUUCUCUGCAGAGCAUGCGAAUACUGGGCCUUGUCUGCUAGACCUUGACAUGUUCACAUUGCUGGUCAGUGUGUGUCUGUCAGGGGCUACCAUGCAGAAAGGUGACAGUGCGACUGGAUUGAAGGCUACCAUAUCCACCAUACCUAUAGAGGGCCAUCAUGCAUUGAGGGCAGUCCUCACUGCACACAUAGUGCAGAUACUACUUACAGUUCAGAUAGACAGUCAAGAUGAGGAGUCAAGCAUGGAUCAGGAUGGGUGCACUAGCCAGCACGCUCAGGUCAUGCUGCAAGCCUACACAAGACUAAGAACAUUAGCAGGAAUUCCUGUUGAUGUCCAACCCGAUGCUUGGAGGUUAUUGGACGUCGUCCGUACAUCCUGCCUUCCCUUGCUCCGAUGUGCCACCAUCUUCUUCCGUUUUGUCACCGGCAUACCCACCCCAACAGAGUUGCAGGCCACAUGCCUGGAUGAGUUUGAACAGCUGUGUCGCUACCUGGCCGUGCCCUCUGACCUCUCUAGUCUGGUAUCCAAUGAGCAGGAACCCAUUAUGCAGGAUCUGAUCAAGGCGUGGUGUCAGCAUCCAGACCUAAAGUCGCAGCUCAGCGACACCAGUGCAGAUGUCAUUCGUUUUCCAAUGGUGGUCAACAGACUGAUUGAGCUACCGGAGGACUACAGUGAUCUGAUGAACAAUGUGUCCAUGUUUACGUGUCCAAAGGCCAGCGGUGCACAGAGCGACAGUAGAGCGCCAGCAUUGUGCCUGGUCUGCGGUGCUGUAGUCUGCUCUCAGAGUUACUGUUGUCAGACUGAGAUUGAUGGGGAGACAGUGGGUGCGUGUACCUCCCAUGCUAUCACUUGUGGGGCUGGAGUUGGCCUGUACCUCAGGGUUCGAGAGUGCCAGCUGCUGAUGAUGUCAGCCAAGAACAAAGGCUGUGUACAUCAGACACCAUAUCUGGAUGAAUACGGGGAACCAGACUUGAAUCUCAGGCGAGGCAACCCUCUCCACCUCAGUCAGGAACAUUACAACCAGCUUCACGAGACCUGGCUGUCACAUAGUAUACCCUCUCAGGUGGCUCACAGACUAGAGGCUAACAAUUCCCUCCUGACCAUCGACUGGCAGAAUCUGUAAAUUCACUGGACUCGAACCCACGACCUCCUGCUUUCCGGUGCAAACGUCUGAACCACUGGAACACUAAAGGCUGUCACAUUCACUCCUGACCAUCGAUUGGCAGAAUCUGUAAAUUCACUAGAAGAUAAGAAAAUGGGGAAGGGACUCGAACCCAAGACCUCCUGCUUCCCGGUGCAGAUGUCUGCACCACUUGAACACUGAGGGCUGUCACAUUCACUCCUGACCAUCGACUGGCAGAAUCUGUAAAUUCACUGGGAGAUAACAAAAUGGUGAAGGGACUCGAACCCACGACCUCCUGCUUACCGGUGCAGGUGUCUUAACCACUUGAAUACUGAGGGCUGUCACAUUCACUCCUGACCAUCGACUGGCAGAAUCUGUAAAUUCACUGGGAGAGAAGUAAACAGGGAAGGGACUCGAACCCACGACCUCCUGCUUUCCGAUGCAGAUGUCUGAACCACUUGAACACUGAGGGCUGUCACAUUCACUCCUGACCAUCGACUGGCAGAAUCUGUAAAUUCACUAGAAGAUAAGAAAAUGGUGAAGGGACUCGAACCCACGACCUCCUGCUUUCCGAUGCAGACGCCUGAACCACUUGAACACUGAGGGCUGUCACAUUCACUCCUGACCAUCGACUGGCAGAAUCUGUAAAUUCACUAAGAGACAAGAAAAUGGUGAAGGGACUCGAACCCACGACCUCCUGCUUACCGGUGAAGGUGUCUUAACCUCUCAACCACUGAGCUUGCCAGGGUCCAUAGCAAGUCCUCGCUAGUCCUUCAGUCUCCAGUCAAGUCACAAGCUAUUCAAAUGAACUGUGACAAAAGUAUUCCUUUGUUAAUGUUCAUCUCAUGCGUUUUUUUUCAACUGGACUUGUGAUUUUACUUUAGACCAGACCUGUGAUAGCUUGUGAUGAACUCAGCUACGACAGUGACUGUUUUGAGUGACUUUCAGUUUGGAACGCCAUACCUCGCAAACUUGGUUUUCUAGUGGUUGAGACAUCCUCACUUGUACGCAAGAAGUUGUUGGUUUGAGUACGAUCUAACUAUUUUAUUAGUUAUCCCUCGAGCGCGAGUUGAACACGGAGUAAUGUAAUGCGUCUGUGUCCCAUGUGCGUAAAGCCGAGUGGCAUAUGGAACACCGAUGCGCAACAUUGUUCCAUGAGUGCAAGUGGGAAGUAAAGACGGAAUGCACAAGCUUUACACGAACUUUUCAGCGGUAAUCCUAUUACACGUGCGUGCAACAGGAUUCGAGCGUGCAUCUUAGAAUAGCGCAAUACGUGGGUAGGUAUAUUGACGCAAAUGGGAUAAUAUACAGCGGAUUGUUUCCAUGGAUCGACCAAUCAGAACCAAGGAUUCAAAUUUGCUUGAAGAUAAAGGCAGUGAUGUGGCAGAUGGAAUUACACGGAAAAAGCAAAUACUCGAUUCUAAAAAUUUUUCAAUGGUUUGCAUCACUUUGCCACUAAAGUAAGCGCAGAUCAAUCGCAAAGUUAAUGCUUUUGUGGCAGAUGGAAGUCAUGUCCAAUGCGUAGUAUUUCAGAUUAAUAGAUGGUAUUAAAACAGACGACAGAAAAGUUUAACAGGAUAAAAUUUAGUUUGGAGUAGGGCUCAGGGAACAUACUGAUUUAUUAAAAUUUGGCUGAUUUUCACUGUUUUCUAUCAUGCCUAAUAUGUUGUUUUGGCACCAUGCCCAAUCCUAGUCAUGGAUUGUUGCCUGAGCUUUCAAAUGGUGUCUCCUGAGCUUGUUAUCGGAAUUUGCUGCAGGUUUUUUUCGCUUGUUUAAUAUUUUAAGUGAAUAAUUUGGGUUUCCUUUUUUUGUGUAGACUUAUGAUGGAUUGAAUCAGGUCAAACAGCGAGUUGCUGUGUCCUGAAUCAAACUUGAUAGGUUUAUUGUAUAGUGCAAAUUUGCAUGUUAAUGUUCUAUAGGAUACGUGUGCAGUACAGAGCAACUUCUGUGAAGUGUCCAAAAAAAAAAAAAAAAAA